CAACUAUUGCGUUGUUUGAACUUUUCUGUCACUAUAGCAAUUCAGUAGUCUUCAAUGAUGCCGCUCGCUUCCACAGAACAGCCCAGGUGCAGCAACAAUCACCUGAAUUUCCAAUCAAAUGAACGGAAUUGUCCUCUCCAGCUGCUGGUUGACACAGACAGCAAGCUAGCAACACGUCUUGUUUGCAUUGCUGCUCGCUGUUGUCUACUAGCUAGUGUGUGGGUAACGUUCUUCACCUCUGGUUAUUGUCGUCCUUGUUGUUGAUUCCAGAACAAAGACAUCAAGCAGCAACAGAGAAUCCUUUUCGCAAUUGACAUUGUAAGUGCGAGAUAGAGCACGAUGGAAGACUCCAAUACCAAUAGCAACAGCAAUAGCAACCACCAGGGGCACUCCCCUGAGACCAAUAUAAGUGCUGCGGUCUCGACUGGAACGCUUCCGCAGCUACCAAAGGCUGCUUUUGAUCCCGUAACUGCUGCUACCCACAGCUGCAAUGCUCCUCGACCUUUUACGGCCACAUUGCCUAAAACCUUGGAGCCUCGAGGCUGCAAGAUGGCAACGCAGGAUCCACAUUCCAGAAGCGAAGAAGCGGAGCAUAAACCUCCUAUGAGCGUGGUUGUGGUAUCCACUUCGAGCGCACCCCGCCAGAACAAUAUCAGCGACACAACAAGAAGAUCGUCUCCUCCCACAAGCAUCUUCUCCAAGCCCUUUCGGCUACAGCCACGUAGUACCAUGACGGCAUCAACGACAGGAAGAGACGGGGCCAUCCGAGGGCGAAAGAGGUCGGCACACUCCAUGGAUACCUCGUCGUUACCCACGGCCCGCGAAGCCUUGCUCACAGUCAAGGCGUUGCCCAUGCUACAACCCAAGAUAAUACCUGGGGCUACCGCCACCGAGAAUCCUCCUCCAGUGACAGUAGACCAGCAGCAACGGCAAACGGUCCUUCCGCCAGUUGCAAUGACUACCCCGAAUCGACAGGGACUUACUCCUCCGAGAGACAAGAGGCGCAUGGACCAUGCAAUGGUGAACUUUCAGUGCUUAUCCUUGCAGUCUCCCAAGCGCAAGGACUUUUCGAGGUCUCCACCCAAGUCGUUGCCAAGCCCUCCUCCGACGCUAAUGUCGGGAUUUGGAAGGCCCCCGUCAUCCUCUUCGUCGUCGUGCGGAACAGCUCCGCAAAGGCCCGCCAUGGUCCCGGGAUCUGUGUCUAGCACAGGCCAGCCACGAUCUUCUUUUACUCCCGUGUACAAUUCGGCUUCGCCCUGCGGCUCCCUGAGGAGCUUUGGAUCGGGAUCGAUUGGUUCCAACACCAGGAUGAAUAUGGUAGCGAGAGCCUCGGCAUCCUCGCCAGGUGGCUGUGGAUCUUCCGUCAAAUCGUCACCCAAGCUGGCCCCCUUAACGGUGCUCAAACACUCCAAGUCGUCACAACGAGAAGGCAACUCUGGUUUGCCACCUCUACCAGGAGGUGGAAUGAGUUCCUUGUGGUUGUCCUUGGACUCCUCCGCCGGAAGCAGCAGCAAUGGUGGGGAUGAGAAUAACCACAAUACCCCGCCAAAAGACGACCCAAAAAUGUGGCCUCCCAGAACUGUGCACUGUCGGCAACCAUCUUGUGAUAGCAUCAGUACGGUACAUAACAGUGUUCUGUCGCCUCUACCAAGACCAUCCCCCAUGAUGUCGCCCAGGAUCUUUUCCUCCCCCGCGUCGGGUCCACCGCCUGGGAUUCCAACACCUCGCAGUAAACAGCGCCGCAUGGAAGAGUCUCCUGGUCUACAGAGAACUCCCCGAACGCCACAAACUCCAUUGCCUCGAGUGACACUGACGCCGCGCAGUACUUCAAGUCGCCACAGUCGGCAAAGUGGACAUAGAUUGCCCCGAUUUCCCUCGCCAUCCGAUAUCGACAUGGAUGUGACGUCGCCCUUCUUGAACUCGACCGCAGCGGCUUCUCUGAGAGGAACCGCAGCGACUACUGCCAACAGACCGGAGGGUAACACCAGCGGUUUUGUAAGUCUUCGGCGGCCGAUCUUCCCUGCAUCGUCCAACUCGUUGGCCCUAUCAGCGGAUGGCAGCACCAACGAGGGCAAGGAUUCGUCUGUCCAGACGGAGGCAGCCAAAAAGCCCUUGCCAGUCUUGUGGUGCCUGCCCAUGAAAGCGAUCGCGACAUCACCUUCAGACAAAACGUCGUUGCCCUCUGCUGGCGAAUUCAGCGGGGGGUCCUUCAUGGGAGUUCAAACCAAGUCGUUGUUGACUCCCUCGAAGUCGGGAGGAAUCUUGCAAGCCAUGAUGGAGGAAAAGCAUUCUAUGAAUGGAGACAUGGGAUCCGUGAGUGACAUUGAUGAAGACGAAUGCUUCGUCCUUGCAUCGCCAAGUGCCAUCGAGCAGGAACGUUUUGCAAGCUACCAACCUGCUCGUCAGCGUCGACGUAGAUCUUGCGACCGGACGUCACCUGAUUCCCCGAAUGAAUCCAACACCAAUCUUGCCGGGAUGAACUAUGUUACUUCCAGCACAAGUCUCUUUGGCAUGGAUAUUGCUCAUCCGACAGAUUGCAAUAAUUUGACUGAUCGUAAGACGACCAACGACGAGUCGCCUUCGUCGCCAAAGCAAUCGUCCGGGCCUUUGGGGAAGGACCAAAACAACAGCAGAGCCCAAGAAUAUCAAUCCAUGAAGCGACGAAAGUCUGACGCCAGUAAUGUCUCCAUUGGAUUGGCUCUGGACAGCUGCACCUCGGGAGAUGGCGGCAGAGAUCUCGUAACACCUCCGGCUAUGCCCAACCCUCAAACUCCACCACCCCUUUCGCCCAAGCAAGAGGAUUUCAUGCCAGUGAUCAUGCCACACGGUACCGUGUACCAUCACGCGGCUUCACAAGCUGCCAGCGUGUGCGUGGCUGGAGCAGACCGCCAAUCUGUGACCAUGGCAAUUGCUCGGAUGGCCUUUGAAGCCCAUUACCACUCCGGAUCAUCUCCGGUGUCGUAAGCGAAGCUCGGCCCAUCCCAUGUUUUGUUCUCGCUAGUAGGCGAUGGAAUCUAGCUAGUUGUUUCCUGUGUAAUUAUUACAUAAUUUUGUACUGGUACAGGUC